AUGGACGCAGCACUCAUGGUGUCUGUCUCUCUGCUUGGACUGGCUCUUGUCCUGCUCUCCUUCCCUGAGCGUGCUUCACUGAGCAGAGUAUUUGACAACACCUCAGGAUCUGUGUAUCCAGGAUCUGUCUUUGUGAAGGAGGCUCUUCAGAGGGCCAUCGAGCUGACUGAUGCUGCUUACUCCCGCACAAGUGAAAGGCUGAAGAAGUCUCUGUCCGAAGGCGCUUUGAGACCCAGUGACCUGCUGGCCCAGUUCAAACAGACUGAAGCCAGAACCAGGACUCAGAUCCGAGCGGCCGAGCUGCUGGACAACACGGUGGAGCUGAUCAGAGAGAUGGUGUACACCCACACCAUGGUGCAGCCCGACCCAAAGGAGCUUCUGAGUGACAUGGACAUGGAGGAGCUGCUGCUGGUGACCGGCUGCUCCACUGAGCUGCAGAGACCCAGCUGUGAGUCCGACUGUCUGUCCGAGCGCUACAGGUCCGUCACGGGAGAGUGCAACAACAGACAGAAUCCCAGAUGGGGGGCUGCAAACAUCCCAUAUUCCCGCUGGCUGCCUGCAGAGUAUGAGGAUGUGUGGGGGGUACCCAGAGGCUGGGAUCCUCAGCACACCUACAAUAACGCCACUCUGCCUCCAGUGCGGAGGGUGUCUCAGGAGGUUCUGUUCACUCACAACGACAACAUCUCUCUGGACUCGGCCCUGUCCCACCUGCUGGUGGAGUGGGGUCAGUGGAUCGACCACGACGUGGUGCUGACCCCUCAAAGCCCCAGCACUGCCGCCUUCAGGACCGGAGCGGACUGCACACGCACCUGCAGCCGGGACGCACCCUGCUUCCCCAUACAGAUCCCUCUGUCAGAUCCUCGCCACGGGGUCCAGAGUUGCAUGCCCUUCUUCCGCUCUGCUCCCAGCUGUGUCCCGUCUUACCGCCACCGAGAGCAGCUCAACGCCAUCACCUCCUUCGUGGACGCCAGCAUGGUGUACGGCAGCUCCAGCAGCCUGGCCUCGGCCCUGAGGAACAGCUCCUGUCGUCUGGGCUCCAUGACCCUCAACUCCCAGCACUCAGACCAGGACCUGGCCUACAUGCCUUUCCUGCCGCGCCUGCAGGCUCAUCUGGACCCCUGCGGCCCCCGAAACUCCUCCAGCUCUCGGGCAUCGGACAGAUCCAGCCACCAGGGGAACACCACAUCCUGCUUUCAAGCUGGUGAUUCCAGAGCGAAUGAGCACCUGGGUAUGAUCGCUCUGCACACACUCUUUCUGAGAGAGCACAACAGGCUGGUCAGAGAGCUGCACCUGCUCAACCCUCACUGGAGCCCGGACACACUCUACCAGGAGGCCCGCAAGAUCAUGGGAGCCAUCCACCAGAUCCUCACAUGGGAGCACUAUCUCCCGCGGGUCCUCGGUAAGAGCACCAUGUCUCGCCUAAUGCCUCCCUACGAGGGUUACGACCCUGAGGUGGAUCCCAGCAUCGCUAACGCCUUCGCUGCUGCCGCUUUCCGUUUCGCCCACGUCACCGUACAUCCAGUGGUGACCAGGCUGGGUCCGGGAUACACCCCUAACUCUCAGCAUCCUCCGCUGCCACUGCAUCAUUCACUGUUUGCCUCUUGGAGGGUCGUGCAGGAAGGUGGUAUAGACCCUGUGCUGCGUGGUCUGUUGCUGUCUCCGGCCAAGCUGCAGACCCCCGGGCAGAUGAUGGUGGAGGAGCUGACGGAGAGGCUGUUUCAGGCUCAGGGGGGGAUGCCUCUGGACCUCGGGGCCCUUAACCUGCAGAGGGGCCGGGAUCACGGCCUGCCUGGAUACGGCUCGUGGAGGAAGUCCUGCAGCCUCUCUGUUCCUAACACCACAUCAGACCUGGCAGAACUCCUGGGAAACUUCACGUUGGCUCACAAACUGCAGCUCCUGUAUGGGACGCCGCAGAACAUCGAUAUGUGGGUGGGGGCGAUCUCUGAGCCCGCUCUGCCCGGAGGAAGAGUCGGACCACUGCUGUCCUGCCUGCUGGCAAGACAGUUCAGAGCGCUGAGGGACGGGGACAGGUUCUGGUGGGAGGUGGAGGGAGUGUUCAGCAGCUCCCAGAGGAGACACCUCCACGCCGUCUCUCUGUCCCGCAUCAUAUGUGACAACAGCCGCAUCACUCACGUCCCCGUUGACCCCUUCUCACGCACCGAGAGGCCAGAGGACAUGCUGCCCUGUUCUCACCCACUCAUCACCCACCUCGACCUCAGCCCGUGGAAAGAACCAGACACAAAUCCCAGCUGUGGUCCCAUACCCAGGAUUCAGUCUGGCUACUCUCUUCUCUGUGGCUCUGUGAUUCUGUUUCAGUGUCACUCUGGCUUCAAGCUGCUGGGAUCUUCAUCCAUCAGCUGUGAUCCAAACAGCCAGCAGUGGAGCCCCACACCCCCAACAUGUCAAGAUAUAAACGAAUGUGAAGAGCAAACUUCUGUCUGCCCACAAAACUUGGAGUGUCUCAACACGCCAGGCUCCUUUAUCUGCUCAGAACCCUCCUCGCUGUCGGUCGUCUCUGUCGUCUCUGUCGUCGCUGCAGUGAUAGUGGUGAUCGGUAGUGUGGCCGCACUGAUAGUUAUCAUGAUCUUUUAUCCAAGAUAUUUCCCCAAGAAAGAAGAGUUGGUCAAUGCUGGAUGUUGCCAGGGGAAAAGUUAAAAAAAGAGUUUGGUAAAUGUAUGUUCGUUCUCCAUCAGUAUGUUAUAUAAAAACUAACUUACAGUAUUCAUUAUUUCAAGUUGCAAACAGUGUAUAUUGAUCUGUGUAGAGGUAGAAUGUUUUCUCGUUUCAAUUUAUAAUAACCAUAUAAGGUGUGAUAAUCAUUUUUCAACAGUUUGUAUCGCUGAUUAUACUCAUUCAUUUGCAAGUCAAACUACUUAUUAAUUAAGGUUGUAAUCUGUGUGAUUAGGUCAUGAAAACAGAACAACAAGCUUACCAAAGACCUUUUAAAUCCGGAUGCUGAAAUCUUACAGGAAUGUCAGCUCCAAAAACAGAUUUUCAUACCUCAAAGCCCCUCUGAGCGGCUCCCUGUGCCUGAAUCCUGCUUACAAAUCUGUUAAAUAACAGAGCGUUUAUUACCGGGGGUUACCCGGCUGUUCCUGCCCACGACCUUAAUCGAAAGCCAGAUCAGCGCCAUGCCCUUAAGGAAGUACAGAUGGCAGUUUAUGGCCAUUCUGAGCUGGGGCAGGGGGCUAUAUUUAGAGAAAAACCUCUAAAACUAAAUGUAUGAAAAACUAGAAUUACAAUUAUUUCACGAUUUCUUGAGUUAUGGCCACAAAGAUGUUUUGUGAGGUCAGUGACCUCCAAAUUUGAAGAAAUGUCCUCAAGGCAUUCCUUAAAUGAGUCUUAGACAAACAGACAAGAAAACAUAAAUACCUCCUGCCAUAAAAACUCAGAUAUGAUUAGAUAUUAAAGUGGAACAUUUUACAAGAAAUUCUCAAAAACUUUAAAAUAAAGUCUAAAGAACUUGAGUUUUUUGUGUCAAGGAAACACAUUGGCUGGUUCAGUUUCAUCUCAAAUGCAAACAAGGAGUUUUUUCUCUGAAUAUCAGCCACUUGUUUUUUGAUAACCUACAAUUUGACAAAUUAUACAAAUGUUUCUGUGUCAUCUGGUUCUGAUCAAAUGAAUCCCUGUGACGUUCCCACACUAAACAUCGCAAAGGGCCUAAAUCAAAGACAAACCAGCUGCUUCAUUUAUCUGCUAUCAGAUUUUAUUCAAGCGAGACCUAUAAAUCACACACAGUACAAAGGAGAUGUAGUGAGGCUUCAAUGUGUUGUCUUUAAUGGAGUGUUUUGAUUAUCAGUACACUGAGGUUAGGCGCCUUACAAGCCUAAAAAAGGCUAAGAAGCAGUUAUUAUUGCACUUUCUGAAACAAUAUUCAUUAUUUUAAAAUUGUUCAUUCAUAAUAACUAAUCUAUACUGUAAAGCACAACCAAUACACAUUGUAUAAUAUGGCUACAUUCAUGCAAUGUUAUGUAUGACUUUUAAUUGUCUUUACAUCCUCUUCAUUGCAUAAAAAACAUUUCAUAUUGCAAUCACUUGUAUUAAAGCUUGUUCAUUUUCGGACUACAUUGUGAAACUGUCACCAUUUUGAGCGUGGGGAUGUCAUAACUAAAUCAUUAACAAUAUUUAUAUAAUGAAGUGCAGGUCAGGCUGACAUGAAGCUGUUUCUAUUGUGUGAAUUUGAAAGGCAUCGAGGACAGGUAGUGCAGGAGGGCAUCAACACAUGUAAGGCCAUGCUGAGAGAAAGUCUGUUGUGUUUGAGCCGAUAGCCGAGAACUAGUGUGAAUUAUAUUUAUGUAAAAAUACUUGUUGUGAAAAAACCACAGAUAUUGCUUAUCUCACAGUAGAACUAUAACAUUACAUACAAAUAUGUAAUACUUGAGGUAAGAGACCAACUAAACUCUCUACACUGCUGUCAUGCGUUGUGCUCACCUUUACAUGAUACAUAAAGUCUAUUAGGAUCAACAUGAGAAGUUUACUCCACCGGGGAGAAUUACUGGAGGCCUGCAGUAUAACAGAAAUAUAUUUUACAUAUCUGGGAAUAAUGCUUUUUUUAAUGUCAUGUUUCCUUCUUGCUGUGCUGGUUUAACUCUUUGUAAUAUUGAAUAAAAGAGGCACAUGAACUUU